GGGAAUAAUACCAAAAAUAUGACUGACGUUUCACGAAUUUCCGGGCAACCUCAUAUCUCCAUGCAUAAAAAGAUUUUAUCUUGGCGGAGCUUUUUUACGGAACAAUGAUAGUGCACUCUACUACCGCGGGUUAUCUAUGAAUUGACCCGAGUCAUAAAUAACUUGUUUUCCAUCUCGAUAAUGUUAGAGGAAUAAAUUUGUGCAGCGGUACGCCAUACAGAGAAGUUAAACGUGGUCCUCAAAAUUAUACCAAGCCAUGGACGAUCGAUACAUACCGCUAUUUUGUUCAUGCGGAUGUCACGCACCGCGGCCGAUAAAACCGAUCGAAUUACCGCCGCACGAGCCAUGUUGUUGCUGCGAUUACAACCCCUUUAGCGACAAUUCCAAGGAAUCGGAGAUCUAUGAUCUGCCGUUCGCUCUACGAAAACUGACGGUAAUGAAGUGCCAGAUGAAGAAGUGGCGCAUGGAGCGGCUGCAGCUCGAGAGCGAAAAUAGGUCUCUGAAACAAGCUCUACGAUCAUUCGGUGUGAAGCCCGACGGGGUAUUGGGUCCUGAUCCCUUGCUCGUGCAUUACCGCGAGGAAAACGAAAGGCUGCAGAAUGCAAAUGAGGAACUGGCGGAAAAAGUUCGCAACCUCGAGGAGAGUCUCGCUGAACGAGAUUGCUGCGACGAUCCGUGCGAAAAAGUUAAAUACGUGAGGGAGAAAAUAGCAGCACUGAGAGAUCGUUUUGCUGCCGAAAAAAAACAAAUGAGAGACACGAUAUCGCAUCUGAAGUUGAAACUGGUGGAAGCCGAGGAGGAUACUUCCUGUGCGGCAUUAAAUCGUUUGAGGGCAAAGCUUCGUGAGCUAAUGAAAGAUGGUCAGAAAGCUGAUCAACAGGUGUCCGUGGUUGUCGAGAGAUCAAUGCAGACAUCGGUGGAUCUAUCAAAGAGCUACGAAGAUCUGUUACGAACACAGCGCCUGCAAGCUGAACUAACGCAAAUUCGUCGUUCAAUGGAGGAAGUUGUUACACCGGUCUCAGAAGAGAUUGUCGUUCCUCUACCUGCAGAUGUGGAAGAAGAGGACAUACCGGCACUGUUAAGUCAACUUCGUAAUUGCAAAAUGCUCCUGGCUGAAUUGAAAAUGCAUUUGGAUGAGAAGACGGCUUACGCGGAGGCUCUACGAAGCGAACUUGAUCAACAGAAAGCCUCCGUCGUCGUACCGGCGUUAGAUCUGGAUGAGAUGAUAGUUAAACCAGCGACCAUGGUGGUCGAGAUGAAGGAAGAGCCUGAGAAACUUGAGAAACCUGAGAAACCUGAUGAUAAGGAAUUUCGAAAAACACAAGAACUGAGUAGAGUGAAAGAGGAAAAUAACGAGUUGAAGAGCGAGAUCGAUAAGUUGAACGUUGACCUGCGUCGUGAGGAAGAAAAAUUUCAAGUGGCGCAAAAAGAGCUAGAGGGCAUGAGAGACGAUUUGCAUAGUCUCGGAGCUGAGAAUGAAUUCUUGAAGGAGACAUUGGAAAAUGCAAAACUGGAGACUAACGAACUUAAAGAAGAAAAUGUUGCUUUGAAAAACAAUCUUGAUAACAUGAUUAAGGAACUGGAAUCUUUGAGAAGGGAAAAUAAUAAUAUUAAGGCAAAGAUAGAUCAAUUAUUAUCUGAAAAUAAGUAUUUAAGAGAUGAAUUAGAAAAACGAGUGGCGGAGACGGAUCAAUUAAAAUCCGAAGGGAUUGCAUGGAAAGAAGGCCUCGAUAGGCUGUUACAAGAAAUGAAUAGAUUAAAGGUUGAAAGCGAUAAACUAAAGGAUGAAAGUGCUGCUGUUAAAAGCGAAAGAGACAAUUUGACAACUGAAAGAGACAACUUGAAAUCCGAGAAUGGUCUUCUUAAAGAUGACUUGUCUAAAACAAAUGUAGCGUUAGACGACGCAAAGAAACAAUUGAACAAAUUUAAAGUCGAGAAUGGAGUUCUUACAGAAGAAUUGGAGAAGGCUAAUGUAAAUAAUAACAAGCUACUUGCGGACUUCAAUACUUUGCAGAGCGAAAUGGCAAAGUUGAAGUCGGAGAACAGAAAAUUGUUACAAGAAGUGGAUGAUGGGAAAGAAGAACUAACAAAAUUAUUAUCCGAAAUAGAAACUUUGAAAAAGGAGGUAGAUAAUAUGAGUAAUAAAUUGACGAGGGCAAAUAACGAAGUUGUAGAUUUGCGGCAGGAAUCACUUGAGUUAAAUAAUAAACUGAAAGAGGCGAAAGUUAUAAAUGAACAACUAAAGACAGAUAUUCACCAAACAGAAGUAGAGAACAAAGAUAUUAAGGCGAAAAUGAAUAAUUAUAGAGAUGAAAACAAUAGGCUAAACACAAAACUAAAUGAACUGAAGGAACAAAUAAAUUUAUCGACGGAUGAAGUAAAUAAAUUAAGAGAACAACUUGACAACGCCGAGGAUCAGGUUAAGUUUCUUGAUGCUCAACUUGUUAGUUUACAGAUUGAUAAAGACAAGAUACAGAAUGAAAUCAACGCUUUGCAAAAUGAAAUCAGCAAACUGAAAUUAGAUCUAAGUACAGAAUCUACUGCUAAACAAGACAUUCAAGAGGAAUUAGUGGCAUUAAAGAAUGAGAUGAAAAAUUUGAUCUUAAAGAUCGAUGAGAUGAAGGUGCAAAAUCAUGCCCUAAAAGAAGAGAGACACGCCCUCAAGAAAGAGCUGUUGAAACUAGGCGAGGAAUCGUUGAGCCUAAAGGCUGCGAAUGCUGAGAUGAUGAACCAGAUUAAUAAUUUAAGAGCGGGUAUAUCUGAUCUUCAAUCGCAAUUAUCUAAAGCGGAAGAAGAUAUUGAAUAUUGGAAGUUGGAAAAUUACAAGCUUAAGAUGAGCUCAGAUAAGUUAUCCAUCGAGAAUGAAAAGACAAAGGAAGCUUUAAACGUCUGUAAGGUUGAACAUCAAACAUUAGAGAAGGAGAUAACGAAUCUUAAAAAUGAGAAGAUUAAGCUCGAGGGAGAAAUAGCAGAGCUUAAAAAUCUGUUAGAAGGGCUAAAUCUGUCGUCAUUCGCCGAAAAGUCUGCUAAAGAAGAGGCUUUGGAGGAACUGACGAAAGUCAAGAAUGAAGUCGUUGCUUUGAGAGAGGAACUUAAAGCACUAAAACCUGAAUUAAUUAAAUUAAGAACAGAAAACGAUAAAAUAAGGGAUAAGAAGGAAAAUCUAUCGCGUCAAGUAUUAACAUUAAAAGCAGAACUUGAAAACACAAAAAAUGAGGUAUUAGCUUUGAGAGUAGAUAAUAACAUAUUAAAAUCAAAAACAAAUACAUUAACAGACGAGAAUAAUAAACUAAAAACCGAAUCAAAUAUGCUGAUAUCUGAAGUUGAUGGUUUGAAACUAGAAAACACGAGUUUGAGGGAAGAACGACAGAAAUUCGAAAAAGAAUUUGAAAAACUAAAAGACGAGGACGAUAGGCAAAAGGAUGAGAUUAAAAAUCUAAAAUCUAACUUGACAGCUGAACAGGAAUUAUCAGAAAAAAUUAGAUUGGAAUUAUCUACUAACCAAUCGGAAAACGAUAGAUUAAGAGCGGAGCUGAAAAAACUGCAAAAGAAUUUAGAUACCCUUGAAUUGGCGAAUGACAAGUUGAAUAGUGAAGUAGAGGAUUUAAAGAGAAUGUCGAUCGACGCGCAGAACAAGGUGAACGCAUUGCAGUAUCAUGUGGCUGCAUUGUUAGAAGAGAAGGAGGCACUUCUGAACGAGUUAGAUAGUUUACGAGCGGAAGUGAGUAGAUUAGGUAAAGAAGUUGUGUCGGAUAAAGUUGCAAAGGAAGCUACUGAGAAAAAGGCGAUCGUUUCUAACGGCAAAUUAAUGGAGGAGCUAAAGGAAGAACUAGAUAAAAUGCGUGUGGAAAAUGAGAGUUUGAAGCACGAACUAAAUGACGUAAAUAAACGACAUGCUUCUUUGAAAGACGAGAAUGCUGCUCUCAAAAUCGAAAAUACUAAAAUAGCAACAGAACUCGAUUUCUUCAAAUUAGAUUUGAAUAGAUGCAGGGCGGACAACGAACGAUUAACAAUUGAAUUAGCAAUACAGAAAGAAAGGAUCGAAACCGAUAACGGCGAAUUGAAAAAAGAUGAUUUGAUGAGAGUAAGGACGGAGUAUGAUAAAGAGCGACAGGAUUUACAAAAAUUAAUGGUAGAAAACAAAGAAUUGCGAGAUGAGCUAAGAAUGGCGCAAAAUGAGAUCAAUAAAUUAAAAGAGAAUAUCAAGAAAUCGAAAGGCGAUUUUAUAGAGGAUGUUGACGAUAUCGACAGCUUUGAAAAUGAAUUGAAGAAAUUGAUGAUCGAGAUAGACAAGGCGAGAGAAGAUUUAAGAUACGCGGCGGAAGAGAAUAAUAAAUUAAAAAUGAUCAAUGACGGUCUUGAAUUAGAACUAGGUCGACUGAAAGCGCUGCUGGACGAAAUAAAAGAUUAUCCUGAACAAGUCGAUGAAGAAGUUAACGGGACGAAAGAUCAAAUCCAAAGACUGAUGACUGCAAAUAAUGCCUUGAAAAUCGAAAAUAUGGAGUUGAAAUCCGAAUGGGAUCAUUGUCAAGCGGAGAAAAAACAUUUAAAUGAUGAAAUUAACAAUUUGAGCGAAAAGAUCAAAUUUCUGCAAUCUCUUCCUCCCAUCGUAGAGGCUGGCGUGAUUAAACCGGAUGAAUGCGGCGACUUCGUUAAGGCGAAUGAAUUACUGAAGAAGCAAAUUGAAAAGCAAUAUGACGCCGUGCAACGUGUGCGUGAUUACAUACAAUUUGUGGAUGGAAAAAUUCCUGCGAGACCUGCGAUGGCGACAACGUUGGAUGAUGAUUUUGAAAUCGAGCGCUGGACUGUGCCGUCCAUCAUAGAAUUAUUAAGAGAAUCGCAAAAACUGUCUGAGAAUAUCUAUCUGGCCGAAAUAGAAAUUCAGAAUAUCGAUAGACUAUUUAAACUGCUUAAUGAAUGCAAGAGAGAAAAUGAGAAUUACAUAAAACAAUUAUCGGAGUUUGGUGUGGAAGUUACCAAGGUUGCAGGUGUGGAUAAUGGCGAUAAGCUUGCAGCUUUUGACCCUGAAUCUUGGUUAAAGUCUUUGACACUAACACAACUGGCCGAGCUGCACGAUAAAAUCUGUCUGUUGACUUCAAAUAUGGUACAACAAGAUAGCAGUCCUACGGUUUGCGAUCAUUCAGUGAUUAAUCGAGGUAGUGAUCGGUUGCGAGCAGAUUACGAUGCUUUAAAUCGGCGGAUCGCCGCCUUGCAGAAGCAAAUAGCCGAAAAGCAGAUUGAGGCGGGAUGGAAACUGCAGGAAUUAAGACGAGCUCUUCGUAUUGAGCAGGCAAAUCUGAUUCAAAUGUCUGACCGAAUGAAUCUCGAAAAAAAGCGCAACUUAGCUCUUCAUCUCACCAUGGACGAUUCAGUGCAUCACAAUUAUAAUAGCGACCAGCUACCAACAAUGGCUACAGGCAUGUUGGAAAUUCUCUGUGCUUGCGUGAUGAUCUUAUAUUUACUUUAUUAUUAUUUGACCGCUGACUUUGACUAUUGGACAUCGCGCGGGAUCAAUGGACCGAAACCCAUUCCGUUCUUCGGCAACAUUGUCGAAUUUUUAAUGGGCAAGAAAAACAUGGGUGAUUUUUACAAAGAAAUUUACGACCGAUACCCGAAAGAAUCCAUGGUGGGUGUAUUUUUGAGAGGAAAUCCUGUGCUCGUCAUAAAAGAUCCUGAAUACAUUAAACAAGUGUUGAUAAAGGAUUUCACCAUCUUUGCUAAUCGACAUUCAAAGGUUUAUGAAAAGGCCGAACCCAUGUCCAUGCACCUCUUCAGACUCGACGCUGUUAGAUGGCGACCAUUAAGAAUGAGGCUUUCGCCCGUCUUCACGACCGGGAAGUUGAAGGACAUGUUUCACUUGUUGCUGAACUGUUCCGACCACUUCGAAAAGUAUCUAGAUGAGAUAGUAUCUAAAGACAGUAUUGUCGAGUGCCGAAAUAUGACGUCUAAAUUCACUCUCGACGUGAUCGGAUCGUGCGCUUUCGGUCUCGAGAUGAACGCGUUGAAAGAAGAGAAUAAUCAGUUUCAGCGUAUCGGCCGUAAGAUCUUCCGCUCUACUCCAAGAGUCAUGAUUAGAAAUAUACUCAAAGAAAUACCGUGGUUCUACAAGAAUUUCGGAUAUAUCUUUGACGAUCAUGAUGUGACCAAGUUCCUGACAGAUAUUACCCGAGAAACUAUAGAAUACAGAAAGCGCAACAAUGUGUGUCGAAACGAUUUCGUCGAUACACUUAUCGACCUCAAGGAUAAUCCCGGCAAGCUGGGCAUUAAUAAUGUAACAGAUGAAUUCAUUGCUGCCCAAUUAUUCGUAUUUUUCGCGGCUGGCUUCGAGACAUCUUCUGCUACAAUGUCUCACGCAAUAUAUGAACUAGCGCAGAAUCAAUCAAUUCAAGAAAAAAUUCGAAAGGAGAUUAAGGAAGUCCUUGACAGUGCUGACGGAGUAAUAUCAUAUGAUAACAUCAAGAAAAUGAACUAUUUGGAAAAGGUUUUUCAAGAGACUCUUAGGAAAUAUCCACCAGUAAUGUUUCUAAUGAGGCAACCUAUAAAAAAUUAUACUUUCGAGGGGACUAAGAUUACUCUACGAAAAGGGCAAGAUGUGAUUAUACCCAUUUAUGCUAUUCAAAAUGAUCCGAAUAUUUAUCCAGAUCCAGAAGUUUUUGAUCCUGAACGAUUUAGUGCGGAAAAUAUAAAACAGAGAAAUUCUAUGUAUUAUCUGCCUUUCGGAGAUGGUCCAAGAAACUGUAUUGGUUCAAGAUUUGCCAUUAAUCAGACCAAGAUUGGUUUAAUUAAAGUGCUGAUGAAUUAUAAAAUAGAUGUUUGCGAAAUGACUCAGAUUCCACUUAUUCAUGCUCCGUGGUCCAAUUUCAUGUUCCAAACAACUCAUGGUAUAUAUGUAAAAUUAAUCAAACUCGUCUAACACAUAAUUUGUAAGUAUUGUAUGCUACAUAUAUAUCUGUACACUUACAAGUUAAUCAAACAAUCCAAAAUAACAUUAUGUCAGUAUUCCAUUGUAACGCUUAUAUAAUAUUCGCAGUACAUGUUCACGUUGCACAUUAAUGUAGGUUAACUUUAAUCGCGGUACAAUUUACUUUCAUCUUUUUCUAAUUUUUAGCACUAGAAAAAGAUGAAAAAUAAGUUGAACCGAGAUUAAAGUUAACCUAUAUUGAUAGAAACGGACAUAAAUUAAUGAGAUAACAUUUAUUGAGAUAGAAGAAAAAUUAAAUGUAUAACAUUUUUUGAAAUGUUUGAAUAAUUAAAUUGUAAGUAUUUAUAGAUAAGACAUCAAUGACGCCAAUUGCAACACA